CACGCCUCAACCGAAAGUGGCGUGUCAACUGCAGUAACGUUAACUACAGGGCGCCACCUCCUGCCUAUGUAGACAGCACGGGGAGAUAAAGACUUCGUGUUGAAAAUUAACGUUGCGUAAAUUGAGUCUUUGGAACAGGACAGACAACGCGUCGGACAUUUAAACACAAACGCGUAUGGUGUUUGUUUAAACAUGGUGUUUAGUGACAGUCGCAUGCGUUAGCAUGCACGCUAGCUGUCAUUCCGCUUGGUGAUCUUGCGAUCUUCAGACAUGUCGUUUCCGUAGGACAUGUAUCAAGUGUCUUUAUUAAAGAAGAUAUCGUCGCGUUUGUAGUCGUAUUGAGACCUGACGCAUGUACGCGAAGCUCCACUGGUCAUGUUUUGUAAAUAACAGCAGCAGCUGCACAUGCUAACGCGCAGCUAGUCGACUAAACUUGACCCUAAACGUAUUGGCGAGCUUUGCUGGGAGUCAAACGGCACGACAACUAACGAGAUGGACCCACGGUCGACUCUAUAUGUCCAGUAGAAGCAACGACAUUGAUUAAAUGAACGCUUCUGUGGGAAUUUUGAAGUUUCGAGUGAGUCGCCCGUCGCGCGAGUUGGCUAGCAGCGCGCGCUAGCUCAGCAACACCAAACAAGUGAAUGUUGCUCCAUCUCAUCUUGUCGCUUGUGUCUUUGUGAUGGACAUGGAGACGGCAGCCUGUGAACCGCUUCAUCAGAACGGUGACGCCCACCAUGAGGACCUCAACUCGAAGCAGCCCACUGUUCUCAAAAUCCAUCUUUACCACACCAGCCAGAGUGACGCUCACUGCAGCCCCCUCUGUUACCCACAAGGACAGUACAUCACCGAACAGCUCAUCAUCGAUGCCGCCAAAGAGUGCGGAGUGUCACCGGUCUACUGCAGCCUGUUUGGGUUGUACAAAGAAGAUGAAGACAUUUGGUUAUCACCCAAUCACAUUCUUCGUUUAGAUGAAACAGCCAAUGAGAGUUUGUUAUUCAGAAUUAGGUACUAUUUUCCUGGCUGGUACAGUUGUGGGCCGUCUCGGGCGUACCGUUAUGGAGUAACUAAGGGAUCUGAGAGUCCUGUACUGGAUGAUAAUGUUAUGUCCUACCUGUUUGCUCAGUGGAGGAGUGACUUUGUAAAUGGCUGGGUAAAAUUAUCCAACAACCAUGAGACUCAGGAGGAGUGUCUCGGCCUGGCAGUGCUGGAUAUGAUGCGAACGGGUAAAGAGAAGCAGUGCUCCCCGCUGGAUAUCUAUAAUGAUAUUAGUUACAAGUCCUUCCUUCCCAAAGACAUGAAGGAGCGUAUCCAGGACUACCAUUUCAUCACAAGGAAGCGUAUCCGCUAUCGUUUUCGGAAGGUGGUCCAGCAGCUCAGCCAGUGCCGAGCGUCUGCGCGGGACCUAAAGCUCAAGUACCUGAUCACCCUGGAGUCUCUGGACUCCACUUUCUACACCGAACGCUUCCAGGUCAAGGAGCCUUCGGCCGAGGAGGUCACCAUAGUUGUUUCUGCAGACCACGGUAUUCAGUGGUGCCGUGAACGACAGAAAGAUACGCAGCCUGAGGACCUGCAGACGUAUUGUGAUUUCGGAGAAGUCGUUGAUAUCAGUAUCAGGCAGGCCAGCAAAGAGGGGACCGACACGAACCGAAUCGUCUCCAUCAACCGACAAGAUGGCAAAACUCUAGAGCUGGAGUUUUCUACUUCAGCGGAGGCUUUGUCCUUUGUGUCUCUGAUCGAUGGUUACUACAGACUGACCACGGACGCCCAUCAUUACCUUUGUAGGGAUGUGGCACCGCCCCAUCUGCUGGACGCCAUUGAGAGCUACUGCCACGGGCCAAUAUCAAUGGACUUUGCAAUCAACAAAUUGCGCAAGUCAGGAAACCAGAAAGGUCUGUAUGUGUUACGCUGCAGCCCCAAAGAUUUCAACAAAUACUUCCUGACUCUUGCAGUUGGGGCGUAUGAGGAUGUAGAGUACAAGCACUGCCUGAUCACCAGGUCUGUGAACGGGGAUUACAAUCUCAGUGGAACCAAAAGGAGCUUUAGAAGCCUGAAGGAACUGCUCAAGUGUUACCAGAAGGAAACUGUGAAAUCAGAUGGCAUUGUAUUUCAGUUCAGCAGGUGCUGUUCUCCGAGGGCCAAAGAAAAGUCAAGCCUGUUGGUGUGUCGAAGUCGACGGGGUUCAGAGGUUCCCCUCUCCUCCUCACUGCAGAGACGCAACAUCAGUCAGAUGGUGUUUCACAAAAUCAAAAAAGAAGACCUUGAUCUUGGUGAGAGUCAAGGUCAGGGAACGUUCACCAAGAUCUUCAGAGGGAUUCGCAGAGAGCAGGGUGACUAUGGAGAGACCCAUAAGACUGAAGUCAUUGUCAAAGUUUUGGACAAAGCACACAGAAAUUACUCGGAGUCUUUCUUUGAAGCUGCAAGCAUGAUGAGCCAGCUGACGCACAAGCACCUGGUGUUAACCUACGGCAUCUGUGUGUGCGGCGAGGAGAACAUCAUGGUGCAGGAAUAUGUGAAGUUUGGCUCUUUGGACACCUAUUUGAAGAAGAACAAGAACUCGAUAUCGGUGAACAUCUUGUGGAAGCUGGAGGUGGCCAAGCAGCUCGCCGGGGCCAUGCUGUUUUUGGAGGAGAAGAAUCUGGCUCAUGGGAACGUAUGUGCAAAGAACAUUCUGUUGAUCAGAGAGGAGGACCGAGCACAGGGAAACCCACCGUUCAUUAAACUAAGCGACCCGGGCAUCAGCGUCACAGUGCUGCCCAGAGAGAUUCUUGUGGAGCGAAUCCCCUGGGUGGCUCCUGAAUGCAUCUUAGACCCUAAAAACCUGAGUCCGGCCGCCGACAAGUGGAGCUUUGGCACAACGUUAUGGGAGAUAUGCAGCAGGGGAGAAAAGCCACUCGCCGGUAUGGACAUUUCUAAGAAACAGCUAUUUUAUGAAAAUCGUCACCAACUUGCGGCUCCCAAGUGGACAGAACUUGCGAACCUGAUCAACAGCUGUAUGGAUUACGAGCCAUCGUUUAGGCCUUCGUUCAGAGCCAUCAUACGAGAUCUCAACAGCCUUUUCUGUCCAGACUAUGAGAUAGUAAAGGAGAGUGACACGUUGCCAAGCAGAGCCGUGGCGACUGGAUUUAGUACCGGAGCGUUUGAGAACGAGGAGCCGGUUCAGUUCGAGGAAAGACAUCUUAUUUUCCUACAGCAGCUGGGCAAGGGAAACUUUGGCAGUGUGGAAAUGUGCAGAUACGACCCCUUGCAGGAUAACACCGGCGAGGUGGUGGCCGUGAAAAAACUCCAACACAGCACUACCGAGCACAUCCGGGAUUUUGAGCGGGAGAUCGAGAUCCUGAAAUCCCUCCAGCACGAGAACAUUGUUAAAUACAAGGGUGUCUGUUACGGUGCAGGACGAAGAAACCUUCGGCUGGUUAUGGAAUACUUGCCUUACGGCAGUCUGCGCGACUACCUUAACAAGAAUCGAGAACGAAUUGACCACCCCAAACUUGUGCAUUAUUCUUCUCAAAUAUGCAAGGGAAUGGAGUACCUUGCAACAAAGCGUUACAUUCACAGAGACCUAGCCACACGAAACAUUCUAGUGGAGAGCGAGUUUCGAGUGAAGAUCGGUGAUUUUGGCCUGACCAAGGUGUUGCCUCAGGACAAGGAAUACUAUAAGGUUAAAGAACCUGGAGAGAGUCCAAUAUUCUGGUAUGCCCCUGAGUCUCUUACUGAGAGCAAGUUCUCCGUAGCAUCCGAUAUCUGGAGUUUUGGUGUGGUUCUUUACGAACUCUUCACAUACAGCAACAAGCUCUGUAGCCCACCUACAGUGUUCCUGAGUAUGAUGGGAGGUGACAAGCAGGGACAGACAAUCGUCUAUCAUCUCAUUGAGCUCUUGAAAAAAGGAAACCGAUUACCGGAACCUGUGGGCUGUCCCUCAGAGAUGUACGAGAUCAUGCAGGAAUGUUGGGAUGACGAUCCUAGUCUCCGGCCAACGUUUAAGCAUUUGUCUCUCCGUGUGGACUUGUUUCGGGACAGCAGCGAUUCAGACAGAUAUACCCAAGUGCCUGCAUUUUAACCCAGAAGCAUUUCUGUGGUCUGAGAGCUGCCAGCCCAACUAAGACUCGAUCACCUCUUCUUCUCUCAGAACAAUCUUAGGGUCAUUUAUAUCAAGAAUGUUUUAUUUUGUUUUUGCUUUGCUAGCAGUGCUGGCGCGCACCUCUCAACCGACAAUGGUUUGAAUGAAUGAAUGAAUCGUUAUAUUAGGAACUGUGCGUUUUUACAUCUGCGUGUUUGUAUGUAUAUAUAAAAGAUGAUUUUAUAAUUUUAUAAAAAUGAAAUCUAUAAAUUCACUCUCAUUCUUUGUGAAUUGUUCAGAAGCUGUUUAAUGUAAAUGAAGAAUCCUGCUAUUAUAAGAGAAGUCUUUAUACUUUCUUUGAAUAAAAAAUGU